AUCAGAUAGAUCCCCCAACCCUUACAGCUCCUUACUCUCAGCUCUGCUCAUUCAAUCCAGUGUGUACAAUUUUUUUUUUUUUUCGUUUUUUUGGUUUUGCUUUUGAUUGGUUUCAACUUUGAAGCACUUAAUUUGUAUCAGGAAUGAGGGAGUUGUAUUUUUUAUGACAUUGGGGAAGAAGGGCAAGUAAAGGGCUUGCUUGGAGUUGAAAAUUUCAUUUCAUCUUAUAAAAUUAGAAUUUUUAUGUGCUUGUUCAAUUACUCAUUUUAAAUCUGGUGCCUUAUACUGUACGUUCUGAUAUUGAUUGGUGUAGUUGAUUUGCUGCUUUUAAGAAUCAGUGAAAUCUCUAGGGCUAUUUGGGUUCAUGGGGGGAAGGAAUUCUAAGGAGACUCUUUUACCUCUAUGGAAUCGCCCAUCGGAUUCUCAGGAUGGUCAACAGAGUCAGGGUUAUAUGUCACAGCAGAUGGGAAAUAUUUCCGACAGUGUCCUCCUUCCUCCUUCUGUAUCCGGCGCUUCUAGAUAUGAUGUUUCCGGCGCUUCUACAUAUGAUGUUUCCGGCCCUUCUACAUAUGAUGUUCAGCGUUGCCCCAUUUGUUUUUCCAACCCAAGGGACAUGGCAUUUGGUUGUGGGCAUCAGACCUGUGAAGAGUGCUCAAGGAAUAUCCAAACAUGCCCUAUUUGUCGAAGUCCAAUCCAAAUCAGAAUAAAGGUCUAUUUGUGACUUUUUUUUUUUUCUUUUUUUGUUGAUAUUGAUCGUAAUUUGUUAUUGGAAAAAUUACGAAUAUUUAAUGUCACAAACCUUACAGUAUGUCAGUAGCUUUGGGUGCUGAUUGGCUCGGUUUUUCCUUUUGCUUCAUUUUCCUUCAAACCAAACAGGACCUAUUUUCAGUCGACUGAAGAGUGGAGAAACUUGAUCUUUUUCUUUUGGUGUGAUUGUUAUUCUUAACAUUUGUACAGAAAAAACAAUCUAGUAUUCA